AUGAGUGAAGCUGAAAAGCUGAUGGAGGAGUUGGUGGAAUUGGAGAUGGAAUCUGAGAAGACAAAAGAGCAGAAGGAUGAGGCCAAGAAAUUGGUAGAAGGGGAGAAAAAGAAGGCAAUAGAGAUGAGGGAGAGAGCAAUGAAGAGGUUCAGUCAAACCGAAAAGCGACAAGAAGAAACAGAAAAGGAUGAAGGGAGAAAGGAGAAAAAAAGAAGAAGACCAGGAGAGGCAAUUGAGUGGUUGAGAGAAAAGGGAGAGAAUAUGCGAGAGAUGAAGGAGCAAGAACUUCAAGAAAGAAGGGAAGAACGAGAAGCCCAAAGAGCUCAAACUGAACAGUUUAUGUCUCAAAUGCAAGGUCAAAAUGAGCAAAUGAAAUUAUUUCAACAACUGCUGCAACAAAUGCAGCAACAGCAACAACAGCACAGCCAACAACAACAACAAUUUGCCAUGUUGCACCAUCAAAUGAUGCAAGUUUUGACGCAUCAAACAUGCAUUUCAGCAACAGUUUAA